CGCCUAUAAAAAGCCCUUUGUCAAACUUCAGUAGCAUCAGAGCUCUCAUAGCAACUGCAAAGAUGACUAGUCUCAGCAAGAAAGACAAGGCAAACGUCCGGGCCUUCUGGGAGAAAAUCGCCCCAAAGACCGAGGAUAUCGGCUCGCAGGCUCUGUCCAGGCUGCUCGUUGUGUACCCCCAGACCAAGACCUACUUUGCCCACUGGAAGGAUUUGAGCCCCGGCUCCGAGCCCGUCAAGUCUCAUGGCAAGGCCAUCAUGACCGGUGUUGGCAGCGCCGUGGGUAUGCUCGAUGACCUGAAGGGAGGUCUCCUCCCCCUCAGUGAGCUGCACGCCUUUACCCUGAGAGUGGACCCCGCCAACUUCAAGAUUUUCACCCACUGCAUUCUCGUGGUUUUGGCCAACUUGUUCCCUGGUGACUUCACCCCCGAGGUGCAUGUGUCCAUUGACAAGUUCCUGGCCGCCGUGUCUCUGGCCCUGGCCGAGAAAUACAGAUAAACGGGAGGAAAACAGUCCCCAGGAAAACAGACAGCAGCAGCAGCAGCAUGUCCUUACUGUGUGCUUGUCAUCAAUAAAAGCAAAAUUUAAAAAAAAAA